UAUAUAUAUAUACUUAUAUCUAAGCAGAAAAUGUGACGGAGAGUCUGCGAUAAUCAAAAUUCUCUCUAGUCCGAAUCUCAGAAAGGUUUAACUGACAGUGGAGAGGUGUGGUUGAAGAGAAAAAUGGAGAUUUUCUAUUAUACGGUGUUUGUAGGUUUGGCAGCUGUGGUUGCGGCGUUGGAGCUGAGUAAGAGUAACAAGGAUCGGAUAAAUACUUCUUCCGCUUUCAAUUCCUUCAAGAACAAUUACUUGCUCGUGUACUCGCUAAUGAUGGCUGGUGACUGGUUGCAGGGUCCAUAUGUCUACUAUCUAUACAGUACGUAUGGCUUUGGGAAAGGUGAUAUUGGGCAGCUCUUCAUAGCUGGAUUUGGUUCUUCCAUGUUGUUUGGAACCAUUGUUGGAUCUCUGGCAGAUAAGCAGGGACGGAAGAGAGCAUGUGUUACUUAUUGCAUUACUUACAUUCUGAGCUGUAUAACCAAACACUCUCCUCAGUACAAAGUUCUUAUGAUUGGGCGUGUUCUUGGCGGCAUUGCCACAUCCCUCUUGUUUUCUGCAUUUGAAUCAUGGCUUGUGGCGGAACACUUCAAGAGGGGUUUCGAUCAGCAAUGGCUCUCGUUAACUUUCUCCAAGGCAAUAUUCCUUGGCAAUGGUCUUGUAGCAAUUCUUUCCGGGUUGUUUGGAAAUCUGCUGGUCGACACUCUCAAUUUCGGCCCUGUAUCUCCUUUUGAUGCUGCUGCUGUAUUUCUAGCCAUUGGAAUGGCUAUAAUAUUAUCAUCAUGGACCGAGAACUACGGGGACCCUUCUGAAAACAAAGACUUGCUUACUCAGUUCAAGGGUGCCGCUGUAGCAAUUGCUUCAGAUGAGAAAAUUGCACUGCUCGGUGCAAUACAGUCUCUAUUCGAAGGCUCUAUGUAUACGUUUGUGUUCCUUUGGACGCCGGCUUUGAGUCCAAAUGAUGAAGAGAUUCCCCAUGGUUUUAUCUUUGCAACUUUUAUGUUGGCUUCGAUGUUGGGGAGCUCGAUUGCUGCUCGAUUGUUGGCGCGCAACUCGGUUAAAGUGGAGAGCUACAUGCAGAUUGUGUUUGUUAUUUCUUCUGCCUCCCUUCUGCUUCCCAUACUGACAAAUAUUUUGGUACCUCCUUCGACGACUAAAGGGGGUGGCAUUUCAUUCUCUGGAUGCCUCCAACUUCUCGGGUUUUGUACCUUUGAAGCUUGUGUAGGGAUCUUUUGGCCGUCCAUUAUGAAGAUGAGAUCUCAAUACAUCCCCGAGGAGGCUCGAAGUACCAUCAUGAACUUCUUUCGGAUCCCACUAAAUAUCUUUGUUUGCAUCGUGCUAUACAAUGUUAAUGCAUUCCCCAUCACUGUUAUGUUCGGUAUGUGCUCGAUCUUUCUCUUUGUGGCGUCCAUUCUGCAGAGACGGCUCUCUGCCAUCGGAGAUAAGUCAAAGGCGGAAGAAUGGACUUCGCUGAAGGAGAGGAAUGGCGAGGAGGACGAACAAGCUGACGUGGCUUAACUUGAACUCGAUUACACACAUACAUUUCAAAAUAUAUAUGAAGGUGUCUCUCAAUUCGUGUAUGUGAUUUGAUUAACUUCGAUUCAGAUUAUUAUUAUUAUUAUUAUUGUUAUAAAAAAAAGUUGCAGCUAAAAAUGUUGGCCGUACAGCACAGAUAAUGCAAGGGGAGAAUGGUUGGAGAGAUACCUUGGGGUAGAUAUUAUAUAUAUAUAUAUAUAUAUAUAUUAUGUUGCAGCAGCCUUAAAAUUCUCUUAUUUUGUAGGUUUUGUUGUUUACAUUGCUUAAUUAUUUUGUUUCUCAAUCCAUGGUUAUCUCUGGAUUUUUGUAUUAACUACUUGCGACUCACUAUGACAAUAUCUUUUUAUUUUUC